AGGCAAGAGAGAGAAGUGCAGCUAUAGACGUUGUAGUUGGGGACAUUUUUGCCCUGUGCUCGAGGAAAUCGGUUGUUAAAGUUGUACCGAAGCAAAACGGAGGAGGCGUAGAGAGUGCCGGUGGCCGGCCAAAAACAGCUGUUCGGGCGCUAGAGAGCAGCGCGAGGCGGAGGAGACGGGGGGGAGCGAACAGCCGAACAACUAUGGCGUGCUGCCUGAGCGAAGAGGCAAAGGAACAAAAACGAAUUAAUCAGGAGAUCGAAAAACAACUACGAAAAGACAAGAGAGAUGCAAGACGGGAAUUAAAGUUGUUACUCUUAGGGACGGGAGAGUCCGGGAAGAGCACAUUUAUCAAGCAGAUGCGAAUCAUCCAUGGCUCUGGCUACUCGGACGAGGACAAGAGGAGCUUCAUCAAACUCGUCUAUCAGAAUAUAUUCAUGGCCAUGCAUGCCAUGAUCCGCGCCAUGGACACACUCAAAAUAGAAUACAAAGACCCAUCCAAUCAGGAACAUGCAAAUGGUGUGAAGCAGAUAGACUAUGAGACAGUGACGACCUUUGACCCCCAGCAGGUGACGGCCAUCAAGAGCCUGUGGGCAGACUCGGGCAUACAAGAGUGCUAUGACCGGCGGAGGGAGUACCAGCUCACAGACUCAGCCAAAUAUUAUCUGGACAGUGUAGAUCGGAUAGCUAGUAACAACUAUUUACCCACACUACAGGACAUAUUACGUGUACGAGUCCCCACCACUGGCAUCAUAGAAUACCCAUUUGAUCUGGAUAGCAUAAUAUUUCGAAUGGUUGAUGUUGGAGGGCAGAGGUCGGAGCGUCGCAAAUGGAUCCACUGUUUUGAAAAUGUUACGUCCAUCAUGUUUUUAGUCGCCUUAAGUGAAUAUGACCAGGUACUGGUUGAGUCGGAUAUGAGGUGAAACCGAAUGGAGGAGUCGAAAGCCCUGUUCAGAACUAUUAUAACCUACCUGUUCCAAAACUCAUCUGUCAUCCUCUUCCUCAACAAGAAGGAUCUUCUUGAGGAGAAAAUUAUGCACUCUCAUCUUGUAGAUUACUUUCCUGAAUUUGAUGGUACCAAAAAGGAUGCGCAGGCAGCCCGGGAAUUCAUUUUGAGAAUGUUUGUGGAUUUGAACCCUGAUCCAGACAAGAUCAUUUACUCUCACUUCACCUGUGCCACAGACACAGAGAAUAUUCGCUUUGUCUUCGCAGCAGUGAAGGACACCAUCUUGCAGCUGAAUCUCAAGGAGUACAAUUUAGUGUGAGAUGGCAGAGGACCGUGGGUGGAUACCACCCUUCUAGACCCUCACCUCUUUGGCAUAGUGUCGCAGGCGGGGAGCCCGCUAACUGGCAGGACAAGUUACCUCCCCUUGGUAAAUCCCGACACUUGUGUACUUGUGUAUAAAAAACAAGACAGACAAUUGUUUACCCUAAGAAAAAAAAAAGACGCCAAAGUGUUGUUUCUUUUUUUUUCUCUCCCCUGAUAAAUUAUAAGAGAAACUGAGUUUGGUAUGAAAAUAACAAAAAAAAAAACAAACAUGUUGCGAGGCAGAGACCAAUCUUGAUGGUGAUGAUGCUCGUUAAAAAUUUGGAAACCCUCCCCAGUUUGUCGACAAUUCUGUGUGGUUACUGUGGUAACCGUGCCGUGCCCAACCAGCUGG